AUGGCUGCUACUCCAAAGAAACUUGUUCACUGGGCUCUUGAUGUAUCGUUUUCUGGCUUUGGCUCUCCUUUUUCCGAUACAACGUCGACUGAAUCAAAUUCUACUUCGAGUCUCCAGUACAUCAAUUCCCAGCUCAUUGCGCAUGGAUUCACACAUUCACCGGGUCUCUCGCUGGAAGGACUCUCGAAAGAUGACUCGGAUCGUAUAAUAAAGUGCCUACUUGGCAUGCUCAGCCAGAGAGUAGAUGACAUGUCGCGCACAGAAGAAUUAUCGACAAAGAUACGAACUCUGUCGUAUGAUCACGAACGGAUGGUAUCGAUGCACAAAGCGGCGACAGAUAGGGCCGCAAAUGCAGAGAGGGAGAUGAACGUACACAAAUCCCGUUUAGCUGCUGUCACACGGACCCUACAGUCCACUGAGACUGCGCAUAAACAUACAACAUCCGAGCUACAGCGCAGCCGUACGACCCUACAAGCUCUUCGGAACGCUCAUCAAACGGAGCUGAAGAAAUUAGAGAAGGAGAAGGAUCGUAUGGUAGAACGGUGGAGCAAGAUCGCUGAUGCUCAGAUUAGACUUGGGUCUACCAGCAGCGCGCUUCGGUGCGCCAACGCGGAUGUAUUGGAUGCUCCAGACGUGGAAAUGCGUGGCAAGGGUCAAGGGUUUCUGGACCUGGCACUAGAACAGGCGGAGCAGGCACGCAAAGAUCUAUUUGACCAGAAUCGAAAACUGCGGGGUCUGAUUCUAUCAACAGCAAAUGAGAUCCAGAGCGUACUACACAUGGUACGUAAUGUCACUACGCCAUUGCCAGUCCACGAAAGUUAUGAAGAGCCUGCUCCGCUCACCCUCGCCAUGCUCUUCCCGCUGUCGCCCGCGCAAGCAACCUGUGAUAAAGUGCCGUCACUUCUCAGUUCCCUUCGGGAGUCAGUUGCGCGCCUUUCCAAUCCGAGUGCGGAGCCAGGUCCAUCGACUUCCACUGACAAUAAGACUCAAAAAAAGGCGAACGAUAAGGCCGAACUGGAACGUUUGCAAGCAAUAAUUGAUACUUUACGAACGGAACUUGAUGAAGCGCAGAAACAGGCUUCAGCAUAUGCCUCGCAAACUCAGGCAUUAUUUGAUCGUUUUGCUGCCGACGAGCGGCUGUUGCAAGGCGAAGCAGGGGAAGUGAGCGUUGAUCUGAUGACUGGGCCAGCAUGUGAUGAAGAGAAGCAGCGAUUGGAUGCCCGGUUCAAACAGCUUGAGGAGGAACGUCAAAAGUUUACAGAAGCCGCAGUCAGGCUUGGGCGAGAGAAGGCUGUGCUAGAGGCUGAACGCAUCAAAUUUCUGGAAGAGAAACGUUCAUGGCAAGUUGAGGCAAUGCUAGCAGAGUUGCCACCUACACCUGUACAGCCGUCAGCAGCGCCAUUGACGCAGCCUCUGUGUGACCAAGAUGAUUUAAUCCAGAUCUCGUCUCGCAAGUCUCCCCGCAAGUCUCCACACAAAGCGAGGGCCGUUGGGAAAGCGAGCAACGGCAAAAAGGUUCGGAUACCUCGACGUUCUUCAGGUUUAGGACUAGGACUUCCGUCUUCGUCGCCUAAGAAAGUAAUCCCUCCGUUUGAGACGGAGGUCAUACCUUCGCCUUCGUUUCCUUUACCUGCAUUCAGAACUAGCAUAAUCCAACCGCAGCCACAGCCGCAUGUCGCUGCGCCUGUGUUCGUCCUGCCACCACCAUCCCCUGCUGCAUCAUUCCCACAGCAAAGUCGACUUUCUUCUUCUCUUAUACCCCCGCUUCCAGCAGCGUUCGAGAUACCCCCAACAGAUACCACUCCAUCCACCCUUUCGGUACCUGUCGUGCCUGUAAUCAGCAUUUCGAAGUCAGAUAGCGACCUGAGCACUGUACAGCACCAGGCUUCAGAGUCUGUCCGAGCGUCACAAAGCGCACCCGAAGUCGCAUCUGGACCUUCAUCUGGGUCGCAAUCACUGCAGGUUCCUUGCACCCCGCGUCGACCGUUCCCCAUGGCGAAGCCUUUCGCAACUCAUAUGAUUCAUGCAUACUCCCCUGUCAAACCCAGUCCUCUCAGCAGGAUAUUGAUGCUUGCCGACUCUCCAGAGAGCUCCGAUUCAGGACGGCCCUCACUGGACUCUGUGAAGGAAGAUGACGAGGAUGAAAGUCCUAACAUUUCACCCACCCCUGCGCCACUGGACUUUGCGUCAGCGGCUCCUGGAAAGAGCCUCGCCCAAGAGCUAGGCGUCUCCGACGAUGAUGAAAGUCCGCUGCGGGAGAAGAAGGUCGAGCCAAACGCGGUGAAAAUUAGUAAGCCAGUGGCAGGAGCAAGGCUGCCAGCUAAGGAUAAAGGCAAGGCAAAGGCAGUGCCCACUGCUGUCCCCCGUACACGCCCAGCUGUCCCGAUGGAGAAGGAGAAUGUGAAGCGAGCCAAGCUCUCGACGGGUGCAGCGGCAGCGCUGGCUCCGACUUCACAGGCAGCGGAACGCCUGGAGAAGAAGUCGGUCAAAGCGCCCCCAAAGCCCUUCACCAGGUCGAGAGUUCCCGGCAAGCUGCCUCCGGGGAAAGGUGGGGCGAGGCGCGUUCCCAUUGAUAGUGUGGAAGCAGCGCCUGUGGGGCCAGCGUGGAAAGGUUGA